AUGACCACUCUGUGUUUGUUGCCGAUUUUACUUUGCCUAGCAAAUAUUGCAUACACGUGGGAUGAUUUCAACUAUUACGACCAUUAUCCCGACUUCUACAGACCCUUCAGGCGCUACGACAGCCCGGAGGAUGAUCUCUUCGACAGACCGUGCCAAUGUAUUAAGUUAAAACACUGCCAAUCCUUCAUUGACAUUCUCUCCAAGACCUCUACCAGAGAAAUAUCACCAUUCCUGGCUCAGAAGUUCAGAAAAGCCUCCUGUGGCUUCCGGAAUGCCGAGCCAGUUGUGUGCUGUCCCACGCCAGCUUCGAGAUUCGGCAGGAACAACCGAAAAAGGGAGCACACGAGCACAACCACUGAGGAGACUUGGGUGUGGGACGUGGAGAAGGAAGAGAGUGACACGAGUGAGGAGGGAUUCGGAGGCUGGCACAGACCUCACAAUCGCUUUGAUCCCAACAAUUUCCACCAUGACCAUCACUAUGAUUACGACUGGAAGCCAAAUCGCCGAAGACAUCACUACUAUCCUCACUUUGAAGAUCCUCACACGAAGAAGAACUGCCCGCCUGGCUUCUCUAAGGAGUUCGACCUUCCUAAUACCGUGACACCCGUCGCUCCAUCCCUAGAUUCGCCAGGAAGUGCAGAAACAACCACAAGCAACAAGCAGUCUCUCGUCAACUCCGAUCUGUGCGGAAUUUCGGUGAAUACAAGGAUUAUUGGCGGCGAAGACGCUGGUCCAGGACAGUUCCCUUGGAUGGCGAGACUAGCGUAUCGCAAUUUGAGUGAGUAA